AUGGACGGCUCGCGGGAUAUUCCGUCGGGCUCCGGCGACGAUCACUCAGGAUACAGAAUUAGUACUACCAUUCGGAGUUUGUUCGAGAGCAUUGCCGGCUCGAGCAGUGAAUCGACUAGUACGGUCAUCAAUGGCGCCACAGUGCAGUCACGACCUCUGCUCGCCAGAGUGCUCGCCGAUGUCGCAUCUCAAGCACCUCGCAUCGGCGAGAAUCUCGGACUUCUUGGUUCCUUGGUCGAUACGACAUUGUUCGAUGGCGGUCUCGUCGACGACCGUCAGUAUCAGAUGGAGAAGAUUCUCCAACUGGCAGCCUCGCUGCCUCCAGGGUCAAAGUCCCUCGAUGACUUGACCGACCAGUUUAUCAAGUUGCUGUGGGAGAACUUGGAGCAUCCUCCCCUGUCAUACCAGGGGGAUGAGUACAAGUACCGCACUGCUGAUGGAUCCAACAACAACAUCAUGUAUCCGCAUCUUGGCAAAGCUGGUUCUUAUUACGCGAGGACGGUCACUCCUCAGACACUCAAGCCAGGGGUGCUCCCAGAUCCAGGCGUUAUCUUCGACGCUAUAUUCGCCCGGGGUGAAGAGCCUCGAGAACACCCGAACAAAAUCUCUAGCAUGCUUUUCUACCUGGCGACGAUCAUUAUCCACGACUGUUUCCACACCGAUGAAACUGACUAUUCCACCGUCAAGACGUCUUCCUAUCUGGACCUGGCGCCUCUCUAUGGCAGCAGCCAGGAGGAACAGAACCAGAUCAGAACUUUCAAGGACGGUCUGCUGAAGCCGGACAGCUUCUGCGAGAAACGCAUCCUCGGCUUCCCGCCGGGCGUUUCUGCCAUUGUUGUUUGCUUCAACCGCUUCCACAACUACGUCGCCAUGCAGCUCAAGGAAAUCAACGAGGGAGGUCGAUUCCGGAUGCCGAGGAACGACAAAGACACCGCAGGCCUUGCGAAACUCGACAACGACCUGUUUCAGACGGCCAGACUCGUUACCUGCGGCCUCUACGUCAAUAUUAUCCUGAACGACUACGUUCGCACUAUUCUCAAUCUCAAUCGCUCGAACUCGACGUGGACUUUGGAUCCGCGGAAGAACUUUUCAGAUGUCUUUGACAGCGCCGGCGUGCCUUCAGGGGUGGGGAAUCAAGUCAGCGUGGAGUUCAACUUGGUCUACCGAUGGCACUCUGCUAUCAGCAUCAAGGAUGAGAAAUGGACCAACGAGUUGUAUCAGUCUCUGUUCCCCGGCAGAGAUGUCGCUACAGUCACCGAGUGGGAGCUGCUACCGAAGUUGAAGAAGUGGCUGGACGACCGCGGGCCAGACCCUGCUCAAUGGGAGCUUGACUCGGGCAGAUACAAACGCACCGAGCGAGGAACCUUCCGGGAUGAGGAUCUCGUCAAGAUCCUGACCGAGGCCACCGAAGACGUCGCCUGCGCGUUUGGGCCCAGGAACGUCCCCCUCGUGAUGAAGUUGAUCGACGUCUUGGGUAUCCAGCAAGCGCGAGCCUGGAACGUGGCGACGCUCAACGAGUUCCGGAAGUUCUUCAAGCUCGAGCCUCACAAGACCUUCGCCGACAUCACCAAGGACACGGAAGUGGCUCGUUCGCUGAAGGCUCUCUAUGAGCACCCAGACUACGUCGAGCUCUAUCCUGGUAUCGUCGCCGAAGACGCCAAGGAUCCAUUGGAGCCUGGCUCGGGCCUUUGUCCCGGAUAUACCAUUUCCCGAACCAUUUUGGCAGACGCCGUCGCUCUGACUCGCGGAGAUCGCUUCUAUACUGUCGACUAUACACCUGCAAACCUGACCAACUGGGGCUGGUCCCAGGUCAAGUCGGACCCCACCGUUGCACAAGGGGGCUGCUUCUAUACCUUGCUGAUGCGAGCUCUGCCGUUCUACUACCGUGGAAAUUCAGUCUACGCCAUGUUUCCGUUGACGGUACCGGAAGAGAACCGCAAGAUCUUGACCAAGCUGGGUAAAGAGCAGGACUACAACUUCGACCGACCGUCUUACGUCGGAGUUCCAACCUCGAUUCGGUCAUGGAAGGCUGUCACGGGCGUGCUCGGCGACCAGGCGUCCUUUUCCGUCCCAUGGGGCCCGCAUACCUUCUAUCUAACUCACCAAGACUACAUGCUGAGCGGGGACAGUGUCGCCAACGCCACGCAGCGGAAUGAAGUGCAAAACGCCCUCUACUGCCCGGUCAACGGCCUUGCGCAGGUCCAGGAAUUCUACGAAGACCUGACCACUCAACUUGUGGUCGCUCGCUCUGAGCGAUUGCGAGGAGACUGGUACCAGCUUGACGCUUGCCGCGACGUCGGGAACCCGUCGCAUGCUAUAUUCGUCGCCCGGAUGUUCCAUUUGCCGCUCAAGAAGCCCGGCGACUUGAACCCGAUCGGAGUCGAGGUCGAUCAGCUCUACCUCGCGUUGUCCAUCAUGUUCGCCUACGUCUUCCUGGAUCUCGACACGGCCAGCUCCUUCAAACUGCGGGCUGGUGCAAAGACGGCCAAUGACCAACUCUCAAAGCUUGUCACGAUCGUUUGCGAGGCGGUCAGAGUUGGUGGCGUGCUCCGGAUCCGCGACCUGUUCUCGGUGGGGACUACUGGGGAGCUGCUCGCAGACUAUGGGACCAUGCUCCUGAAGCGCCUGUUCGAGCGAGGCAAGUCCGUCGAAGAGGUUGUCUCGACAAUUAUCCCCACGGCGGCGGCGGCUGUCGCCACCCAGGCGCAGCACUUCAUCCAGAUGUUGGAUGUCUACCUGUCGGACGAAUACAAGGAGCACUGGCCUGAGAUUCAGCGAUGUGCUUGGUCGAACGAUCCCGCCGACUUCGACAAACUCAAGGGAUACGCGCUCGAAGCCAAUCGCCUGGCACCGGCCGCCUUCGGACUGCUUCGCAAGGUCAACGUCGACACGGUAAUCCCAGACAACGGCCAGAAAGUGCCGGUCAAAGCCGGCGACCAGAUCUACGUCGACUUCAUCGCGGCCGGCUUGGACGAGAGUGUCUUCCCCGACCCUCACAAGAUUGAUCCCACCCGUGAGCGAUCCCUGUACAUCCACCACGGAUACGGUCCCCACGCGUGCCUCGGACGCCCAAUGGUCGAAGUGGCCAUGGCCGCGCAACUGAAGGUGUUUGCGAAGUUGAAGAAUCUCCGACGUGCGCCUGGUCCACAAGGCCAGCUCAAGAAGACCGUGCCGGCGCCCAAUCCGACCAGCAGUGACCCCAAGUCCAACCCGGGCACCGUGGAGGUGUUCAUGCUGGAGGACUGGAGUUCUUGGUACCCCUUCCCAACCACCAUGAAAGUCCACCACGACGGCCUCUGGAAGGACCAGCCCGACGAACUCGCAGGCGAGACGGGCGUCCCGGGCAUCCGGGAGCAGAUCUUGAACAGCGACAUGGCGGCGGCAGCAGUGAAUGGAUUGAACGGGGAUUACAUGGAGGAGGACACGGCUUGA